AUGGAUUUGGAAACAGCACGUGCCAAUUAUCCAAACAGACUAGAGAGGUUAGAAGAAGAACGUCUUAUGGACAUGCCUUUCGAUGUUAGUGAACCUCAAGUUGAAGGACACGACGGCUUUGCCAGAUUCUACUGGAAACAUGACGAACAAUUGCAUCCUUUGAGAAGGAAAAAAGGAAAAGGUGAAGACGCACAUGCUCCCAUGGAAAGAACAAGAUAUGCAUAUGAGAAGUACCGUGAAGUUAGAAGUCAAAUUACUUCUGGUCGAACCUUUACAGUAAACUUUGACGAAGGAAAGAACAAAGAAGGCUUCAUGGGUGUACUUGCUGCAAUUCAAGACGGAAAUAAGAAAGGACACAAUCUCAGAUUGACCAUAACAGAUUUGGAUGGUCACAUUUACUAUGCACAUGGCAAUGAGCAAACAGCCGCAAAACUUCUUGACGCUUUCAAGACUACAAAGAGAGAACAAAUGGUUGACUCCGACUCAGACAUUUUGAAUGCAAUUGAAGGAAUUGCAAGUGUCAAGUUCGAAUGGUACCAACCUAACCCUCAAGCAGUCAGACAACAUGCUGGAUACUUCCCCUUCAUAAAUAAGUCUGACAUUGACUUGACAAGGUAUGGAAUUUACAAUUCAAUUGAAACAAUUGUCAACGAACCUUGCAUUCUUACAUGUCUCAGGAACUCUGGUCUUGUUACAGAUGAGAAGAUGAAGUAUCUUGAGUCAUGUGUGAAGACAAGGUACAUUCUCAGAGGUCAAUUGGCAAAAAUUGCACCGUUGGCAAAUGUCAAUAUCCGAGUCAACAUACCUACAGCUAAAGGUUCUUCACAUGACGACUAUGUUGUUGACAAAGACUUACCAUGGUUGAAGAUUGUAAUUGUCCACAACCACUUCAUGUUGAACGAAAGUCUUACAAACCCAUUCUUUGGUAAAAGUAAGUGCAACAUUGUCAGAGCUGUAAACAUUCUUUUCGAGAAAG